GCAUCUGGCCGCCUCUUAACCCUGAACUUGCAUUGGAAAUCGAUAUGAGUGGGUGGCCCAGUGGGCCUGGAUAUACGAUUCCAACCACAAACUUCACUGGGAUAACAAACACACAAUCCCGCAACGAAUUCUCUAAAUUUCCUGCACUUCAAGCAAAUCGAACUACAUUUGAGGUUUAAAGGCUAAAAUUAGCGCUAAUCCGCAAUGGAGUUUCUGGACCCACAGCUCCACAGCGCCGACAAGUUGUGCGCACAAUUCGAAGAGUAUAAAAAGAAGCGUGAGGAAGCGCACUUGGAGAUGAAGAACAAGGUGAACACCAUGCUCAAUUUGAAAGCGGAUAUAAAGGAGCUCAACGAAAAUAUGGAAACGCUUCGCGUUGGAAUGCAACAGCUGGAUGACCAGCAGAAGGUUCAGCUGCAUCAGGGAAAGCUAAUGUCUCAGUCGAUGUUUGGUACCAUUGAGGCUGCUCCUCCAGAUGAAGGUCAAGUCCCUUUGAAGGACGAUGAUACCAUACCGAACAAGCUGUUGAUAAAGUGCGAGGUAAAAAAUUGUCUCUUUGAGAGCUGCCAAAGACGAAUAGACAGCCAGUUGCUUUUGCUGCACUACCUCUGUGAUCAUGAGAACAAGGAAGCUUCCUUCCAGCGCUUCCUUCCCGUAGGAAAACAUGAGCGGGCUGUGCUUUCUUUUAAGCCGACGAGCUGUAAGAAUCCUGAUAACCAGGUGUUGGGGCUCCUGGCUUACAAUGCACAACAGUUAUUGAUAUCCCAGCGACAAUGUGAGCCCUAUAACAGAUUCCUGCUGAACCAACACUCGCACCUGGAAGGUCACAUCCCGGUGGUGGUGCUAAUUUCCCAGACAUAUCCCAAAUCGGCUCUGCGGGAUAGGCGUUCACCAGAUAGCCCUGUGGCUAACAGCGAGUUCGUCCUCUGGCUGGUUACACCCAGCGACGGACUGCAGUUGAACGUUACGCUUAGUCUCUAUGGAAGAGAUGUUGCACUAAAAACCAGCUGUGUUUUAGGUGUUCGAAAGGUUAAUAAUAACUGGGACGCGGACUAUUACAUGGCAGUCGACGAAAGCUACUGGCGUCUGACGUACGCCGAAGUGGAGAAACUUUCAAACAACUUUCGUGACGAACUGCACCUGGAGGUUGUAGUUACUGAGGCAGAGGGAAACGUGUAACCGCUGUUUACUUACAUUUGCGUUGUCCUGGAGUGCCUUGCACUUUGACUGCUCCACCGGAUCGGUCAGCUCCGCGAUGCGUUUGUCCAGCAACUGGGCAGGACAGAGAACGAGAAAAAAUCACAAUAAAUUGCAUAAUGCCUGCAUUACGUGGCACAAUA